GGCAUUGACACAGGGAACUUUUCGGAACGCUAUUUUACUUCAAGUUUUCAUUACUAGUUGAAGCUUUACGACAGGAAAAAUCAGAUUCAUCUGGAGGAGAGGAGAUAAUUCGUUCAUCGAAGGACACUUACAAAGGAUCUUAAAGCCGUCUUAUACUGUUUUGUUCGGUUCGUUGUCAUAAUGCUGUGAGAACGACAAUGGGGACGAAGGCGCUUCGCCGUUUUAAAGGCGAUGACUAUGUAUGAUCAACAAGUCGUUUUCGUGUAGUGGGUUUUUGUAUUGUAGUAGUAAUGGCCGAGCAACUGGUAGACGGACCACCGAACAAGCGACCGAAAAUAGGAGCCCCAGACACACCAACCGACAAUGCUGAGUUCAAUUGGAAGUUUAUGGAAGACCUGGAUGCCAGUUUACCCGAUGAACUUGGUGGACCCGCAAUGAUUCCUAAUUCUGAUGGUCUAACUAAUGGUGAAACAACAGCUGAUGUUUCAAGUGCUACCUCGAGUUUGCAGCAAAUUCUUCAAUCGAAUGUUCCCCUGUCAAGUGGCGCGAGCUCUACGCUCAACACCAGUGCCAUCUCUUCGACAGUUAGCGUAUCUAGUCCUGAUAGUCCAUCGUUGACUACUUUAACAUCGGUUAAAAGUCCGGCAGUGAACAAUUCUUUGUCGUCUCCUCCUCAAAUGCCGGUCAGUACGAGUGGGACUCCUACUCCUGCAACACCGCUCACUUCAUCCAAUGACCUCCAUCUUGGAAGUGUUGGUUUGAGUCCUGCCCCGUCAUCGUCUCUGCCGAUGUCAACAGUGAACUCGGCAUUGCAGAGUAAGGUGGCGAGGGAUGCAAGACUGCAAGUUGCAGCCCAGUAUGGUAAUAAUUCGCUCGAUAUGAACAUGCUUGCCAACAACAACGCUUUGAUGGGAUCUAUGAAUGGGCCUAGCUCAGCGACUCAAUCGAUCGCUUUGAAUACGGUGGCGCACGAAAUCGGAGCGACAUUUUCUCGAACUACUAAUAUGAACGCGAGUAAUUCCGGGAGCAAUCCCUUUCAAAAUCCGUUACCUCAGCUGCAACAAGAACAGUUGGCGAAUAAUUUCGUGAGUCAUUCUGGUAUGAACGGAAGCCCAGAUCAAUCCAGAGUAUCUUUAGGCCAACAGGCAUCAGGAUUAGCUCAGCCUCCAACAGCAGACCCUGAGAAACGAAGAUUAAUACAACAACAACUAGUACUUCUGCUUCAUGCACACAAAUGCCAACGUCGAGAGCAACAGGCCCAAAAUGGAGCUGUGAAACCCUGCAACUUACCUCACUGUCGAACUAUGAAGAAUGUCUUGAACCACAUGACAACAUGUACUGCUGGAAAAACAUGUCAAGUUGCCCAUUGUGCUUCUUCAAGACAAAUUAUUUCACACUGGAAAAACUGCAUGAGACGGGACUGCCCAGUCUGCCUCCCUUUGAAGCAUGCAUCAGAUAACAGAAAUCGAGUUCAAGGAAGUGUCCAAGGUAUUGAAAGGGCAUAUGAAGCUCUUGGUAUUACUUUGGCAACAAAUGGAGAACCACGGUUACAGCCAUAUACUGCAAAUACAAAUCUCCUGAGAUCAGAUCCCUCAAUGCAAUUGACAGCGGAUAACAGAUCAUUUGGUGAAACAUCAGCCACAGCGACAAGCACAACAGCAAGUGGUAAUCGGGGUCCUAAAGAGUGGCAUCAGCAUGUUACGCCAGAUCUCAGGAAUCAUCUUGUACACAAACUGGUCACUGCCAUCUUUCCAACUCCAGUGCAUGAUCCAGCUGCUCUUAGAGAUCGGAGAAUGGGGAACCUUGUUUCAUAUGCAAGGAAAGUAGAGGGUGAUAUGUAUGACACGGCAAAUAGCAGAGAGGAAUAUUACCACUUAUUAGCAGAGAAAAUAUACAAGAUUCAAAAAGAGCUGGAAGAGAAACGACAAAGAAGAAUAAAUCAGCAAAUGAGAGGAGGCAUGACUCCAUCACAACUUGCAUUUCCUCAACUAAAUGGAGACCUUGGAGUUCCCCAAAUUCCCUCAGUUGCAGCAGCUGCUGCACAGGCACAGGCUGCGGCAGUGGCAGCUGUACAUCAAAAGUUUGAUGCACUUGGACAAUCUCAAAACUCUUCUCCCCAAGCUCCACCCAUGACAUCGCCACCUCUACAAGGCACUUUGUCACCUCAUCUUCAAAUAGCAAGUCAAGUUUCUGCUACACAACAAGCACAAACAUCACAGCAGUCCACAGUCCCACUUCCAAAACAACAAGUUAAAAAUCAGAUGUCUCCAUCAGGGCAAAUGAUGACUACUAAUCAGUCACAGGGAAAAAAUCCACCUCGUGAAAGUGGGAAAAACUUGGUAGUUACAACUCAGGCUCAGUCACCUGUAUCUCAAGCUGGUGCUGGAAGUUCUAGUGGAUAUAGUUCUGCAACAGACAAUGGAUUAUGUGCUCCUAAUGCUCAGUCUCAGAUGGUUAAAGUAAAGACAGAGCCUGCAUCUCCGCCGGCUGCAAAUUCACAGAUGGGAAAGCAUCAAGAUAUCACCCCAAGCUCUGCAACUUCAACCUCAGUUCCCCAAAAAGGUUCUUCUACACCUCAAAUAAAGCAAGAGCCCCAACAAGGAGGGUCGACAUGUUCAACUCAGUCUAUACCAACUCCUGGAAACUCCUCAUUAUCCACAUCAUCCUCAUCAAUACCUGCCCCUGGAACAACAAGAUACCCCCUUAAGAAAGUUUUCCUCCCAGAGGAGUUACGGAUUGCACUUAUGCCCACUUUAGAGAAGUUGUAUAAACAAGAGCCAGACUCUCUUCCAUUCAGACAGCCUGUGGACCCAAAACUGUUGGGUUGUUUGGAUUACUUUGAAAUAGUGAGAAAUCCCAUGGAUCUCUCUACAAUUAAACGAAAACUGGAUGCUGGGCAGUACAAUAACCCCUGGGAGUACUGUGAUGAUGUCUGGUUGAUGUUUGAUAAUGCUUGGUUGUAUAACAGAAAAACUUCAAGAGUGUAUAAAUAUUGUACAAAGUUGUCAGAAGUUUUUGAACAAGAAAUUGAUCCUGUUAUGGAAAAGUUAGGAUAUUGCUGUGGAAGAAAGUAUAUAUUUCACCCACAAGUUCUGUGUUGUUAUGGAAAGCAUUUGUGUACAAUUCCACGGGACGCUACCUACUGGACAUAUCAAAAUCGCUUCCACUACUGCGAACGAUGCUUUGAUGAGAUUCCUGGUGAAGCUGUCAACCUUGGGGAUGACCCUACACUGAUGCAAAGCACGGUGCCCAAAGGCAAUUUCUCAAAAACCAAGAAUGAUCACCUCGACAUGGAGCCAUUUGUUGAUUGCAUUGACUGUGGCAGAAAGGUUCAUCAGAUCUGUGUUCGCCACCAUGAGUUUAUUUGGCCAAAUGGUUAUCAAUGUGAUGCAUGUUUGCUGAAGAGAGGUAUGAAGAGGAAGGAAAACAGGUUCACUGCAAAAAAGCUCCCCACAACUAGACUUGGUGAUUUGAUUGAAAAGAGAGUUAACAACUUCUUAUUGAAAGAAAACUAUCCAGGAAAUGUGACAAUUCGAGUUGUGUCAUCAGUUGACAAACAGGUGGAAGUAAAGCCAGGAAUGAGAGCAAGAUAUGAUGAAGGUAGUUUUCCUGGGUCAUUUCCAUACCGUGCUAAAGCCAUGUUUGCCUUUGAAGAGAUUGAUGGUGUGGAUGUUUGCUUCUUUGGCAUGCAUGUGCAAGAGUAUGGCUCUGAGUGUGCAUUGCCAAACACACGACGUGUGUACAUCUCAUACUUGGACAGUGUUCACUUCUUUCAGCCACGGCACCUGCGCACAUCUGUCUACCAUGAGAUCCUCAUUGGUUACCUAGAACAUGUGGGACACCUAGGGUAUCAGAUUGCACAUAUAUGGGCAUGUCCACCCAGUGAAGGGGAUGACUACAUUUUUCACUGCCACCCUGUUGAACAGAAGAUUCCCAAACACAAGCGACUGGUUGAUUGGUACAAAAAGAUGCUUGACAAAGCCAUCAGAGACCGUGUUGUCAUUGAGUACAAGGACAUAUUAAAGCAAGCCACUGAUGAUAACUUGACAACAGCAAAAGAGUUGCCCUACUUUGAUGGAGACUUUUGGCCAAACGCAUUGGAAGACAGCAUCAAAGAGCUUGAUCAGGAGGAGGAAGAGAGAAAGACGGCGGCCGCAGCUGCUGCUGCUGACACUGCUGGCAAUGAGGGAACUCCGGGCAGCAAGAAUAAAGGGAACAACAAGCGAAGUAACAACAAGAAAGGAACCAAGAGUAAAGCAAGUAAUCGUAAGAACCCAAAGAAAACUAAUGGUCCUGUCAUGGGUCUAUGUGACUUGUCACAGAGAUUGUACAACACCAUGGAGAAGCACAGAGAGGUAUUUUUUGUCAUCCGACUGAAUGGUCGUAAGACUCCGGAAACAAGUGACCCCGACCAGCUGAUGAACUGUGACAUCAUGGAUGGCCGAGAUGCCUUUUUGACGCUGGCCCGUGAGAAGCACUACGAAUUUUCGUCAUUGCGCCGUGCAGUUUUUUCCACUAUGGCCAUGCUGGUCGAACUUCACAAUCAGGGAGGGGAUCGAUUUGUUUACACUUGCAACAUUUGUAAGAGGCCUGUGGAAACCAGAUAUCACUGCAAUGAAUGCGAGGAUUACGAUCUGUGUCUACCUUGCUACACCGAUAAAGGACAUGAACACAAAAUGGAGAAGCUGGGAUUCGACCUGGAUAUAGAUCAACAACAAGGGCAAGGUGACGACAAGGAACGACCGCAACUCAGUGCGCAGGAAGAACGGCGAUUGAAGAUACAGCGCUGUAUACAGAGCCUGGUACAUGCCACUCACUGCAGAGAGCUGAAUUGCCAACUGACAAGUUGUGCUAAGAUGAAGCGUGUUGUGGAGCAUACGAAGACGUGCAAGCGCAAAACUGGUGGAGGAUGUCGCAUUUGUCAAGAGCUCAUUCAUUUGUGUUGUUAUCAUGCAAAGCACUGCAUAGAGAGAGAUUGUGUGGUACCAUUCUGCCGACACAUAAAACUAAAGCUUAGACAACAACAAACACAGCAAAGAUUUGCACAAUCCCAGACUCUUCGCAGGCGAGUGGCUGCGAUGCAGCGACAGGGAAUGCAGCAUCCACCUCCCAUGCCAAGCCAGACAAUGCAACAAGGCAUUACCAGCCCUGGAACUAUGGGACAGUCUCAUCCAGCUUUGCAACCUCCCCAGCAGCAGCCCCCUCCUUACCAACCACCUGUCAUGCCUCAGAAACCUGUUAUUAGUGGCCCUCCUCCGCGUGCAGUUGAGGCAGCACAAAAAAUUGCGCAAGUUGCUACAAUGCAAGCUGUGAGUAACAGUGUGCAGAUUGGUAUACAGGGUCGCAAUGUUCCACAUCCUCAGCAAGUAUUCCAACAGCAGCAGCCUCCUAAUAUGACAUCUCCAUCUGGACCAAUGGCACCACCAACUAUGAUGAGACCGCAGAACCCUGCUCUGAUGCAGCAAGGUAUAGGGCAGGGCCUUCAACCGGCCAUAAACAUACCUCAACCUAUGCAACAAUCAAUGGGUCAGUCAAUGCAACCUUCAUCCGGAGCACCUGUCCAACCAAACACUCCUACGUUAGAGUGGUACGCCAAACAUCAUCAACAACAGCAACAACAACAACAACAGCAGCAGAUGAACCACCCCAACGCCAUGAUGCCAGGUGGACAACAACAGUAUCCUCAAAUGCCAGGACAGCAAGGGAUGGCCUCAGUUGGAUCUCAACAGAACCGACCCAACAUGGGUGUGCCUGCUUCUCUACAGCAGCUGUUGUAUACGCUGAAGGGUCCAACUACUCCCCAGCAGCAGGCUAAAGUACUAAGCAUCCUUAAACAACAUCCACAACUUAUGGCGGCAUUCUUAAAACAACGGCAACAGCAACAACAACAGCAUCAGCAGCAACAACAGCAGCAGCAACAAGGUAUACCUCCAGGAAUGCAGCAAGGGAUGCAGCAAGGAAUCCAACAAGGAAUCCAGCAAGGAAUGUCACAAGGCUUGCAACAAACUAUGCAACCUAAUAUGCAACAAAAUAUGCCGCACAACUUACAAGCUGGCAUUCAGCAACAAACAAUUCAGCAAAAUAUGGCUCAAGGAAUGGCCAGUAUGCAGCAAAACUUGCAACAAGGGAUGCAAAAUCCAAUGCCACAAGGAAUACAUCAAGGUAUGCCAAAUGCUGUACCACAGAAUAUGCAGCAUUCCAUGCAGAACCCCAUGCAACAAAUGCCAGUUGCUUCACAGCCCAGUGUUAGUCAACAGCAGUUUUUAAGAAUGUUUCAACAGCAACAACAGCAACAUAUUCAACAGCAACAACAACAGCAGCAGCAGCAGCAGCAGAACAUGUUUCAACAACCUCAACUGCCUCCUUUCUCGCAAAUGAACGCAUUGAGGAGAGGCCAAGUGCAAAAUCAGUUGACUAAUUCACAGGCAGGUAUGAUGCAUCCGCACAAUGGUCAACCACAGGCGUCGUUGCCGCAACACUUCCAGACUAAACAGACGCCAUUUGCGGCGCAUUUAAUGUCUCCACAGUCAGCGAACCCAAUGUCACCGCAGCAAGGUAUUCAUCCCUCUCAGUCACCGCGACCAGUCAUGUCUCCGCAACCUCAUCCGACAGGGGCAUCACCACGGCAACAGCCCACCAUGUCCCCACAUCCACAGCAGUCUACUCUAACGUCUCCACGGCCUGCGCCCUCGCCGCAUCAGGCCGCCACAUCCCAGAUGGAUAACCAACUUUUAGACAAACCGAUGUUCAGCACUCGAAUGCCACUUCCCCCGCUUCAGACUUCCACGGAUCCAGACCUGUCAAUUGGUCAGGAAGAUUCACCACUCACGCCACAAGAUCAGUUGACCAAGUAUGUCGAAAAUUUAUAAUAAAAGAAAGAAAACCAACAAAUCCGUUGGGGAAAAAAAAAGAGAAAAGAAUUUUAAAGUAAGGAAAGAGAAGAGAUGAAAUGUACUUUAUGGAGCAAACUUUAUACGUAGUUUUAUCGCAGUGAGAAUCGAGAUGACGAAAUUUUCUACCAUUCGUACCAUUAUUAUAUAAUUAAUUUGUAUAGCUGUUAAGCUGAUAAAUAUCAGCUUAUAAGGGCUCGAUCCCUUGACCAAAGUCAGAGAGAUAGAGCACUCCAAGGAAUUUUAGUUUUAGAGUUUUUUGAACGUCUUCAGUCAAGAGGCACUGUAUAAAGCGCACAUUCUUACAAUGCAUAUAUAUUUGUUCAAACGUACUUGUGUACCAAUAAAUGUGUGCACUUUUCACAA